CAGCGCGCUCGCCGCUUCUGCUUGGCUUUCCGGCUUAAUUUUCCUCGGCGGGAUUAAAGUUGGAAAUUGACCGAAGAAUUGAGUUGCCGGGGAACAGAGCCCCGGCCGCCGCCAGAGCGAUGUUCCCGCAGAGCCGGCACCCGACGCCGCACCAGGCUGCAGGCCAGCCCUUCAAGUUCACUAUCCCGGAGUCCCUGGACCGGAUUAAAGAGGAAUUCCAGUUCCUGCAGGCGCAGUAUCACAGCCUUAAAUUGGAAUGUGAGAAACUGGCAAGUGAAAAGACAGAAAUGCAGAGGCACUAUGUGAUGUAUUAUGAAAUGUCAUAUGGAUUAAACAUUGAAAUGCACAAACAGACUGAAAUCGCCAAGAGAUUGAAUACGAUUUGUGCACAAGUCAUCCCAUUUCUGUCUCAGGAACAUCAACAACAGGUGGCCCAGGCUGUCGAACGUGCCAAACAGGUGACCAUGGCAGAGUUGAAUGCCAUCAUCGGGGUACGUGGCCUACCAGGUCUACCUCCUACACAGCAGCAGUUGCAAGCUCAGCAUCUUUCUCAUGGCCACGGACCCCCAGUUCCCCUUACGCCUCACCCUUCGGGACUUCAGCCUCCUGGAAUCCCGCCCCUCGGGGGCAGUGCCGGCCUUCUUGCACUGUCUAGUGCUCUGAGUGGGCAGUCUCACUUGGCAAUAAAAGAUGACAAGAAGCACCACGAUGCAGAGCACCACAGAGCAGACAGAGAGCCGGGCACAAGUAAUUCCCUCCUGGUCCCAGACAGUCUAAGAGGCACAGAUAAACGCAGAAAUGGGCCUGAAUUCUCCAAUGACAUCAAGAAAAGGAAGGUGGAUGAUAAGGACUCCAGCCACUAUGACAGUGAUGGUGACAAAAGCGAUGACAACUUAGUUGUGGAUGUGUCUAAUGAGGACCCUUCUUCUCCGCGAGCAAGCCCUGCCCACUCGCCCCGGGAAAAUGGAAUCGACAAAAAUCGCCUGCUAAAGAAGGAUGCUUCUAGCAGUCCAGCUUCCACUGCCUCCUCGGCAAGUUCCACUUCUUUGAAAUCCAAAGAAAUGAGCUUGCAUGAAAAAGCCAGCACGCCUGUUCUGAAAUCCAGCACACCAACCCCUCGGAGCGACAUGCCAACGCCGGGCACCAGCGCCACUCCAGGCCUCCGUCCAGGCCUCGGCAAGCCUCCAGCCAUAGACCCCCUCGUUAACCAAGCGGCAGCUGGCUUGAGGACACCCCUGGCAGUGCCCGGCCCAUACCCUGCUCCUUUUGGGAUGGUCCCCCACGCUGGCAUGAAUGGCGAGCUGACCAGCCCAGGCGCUGCCUAUGCCAGUUUACACAACAUGUCGCCCCAGAUGAGCGCCGCAGCUGCCGCAGCCGCCGUGGUGGCCUACGGGCGCUCCCCCAUGGUGGGGUUUGAUCCUCCCCCUCACAUGAGAGUACCUACCAUUCCUCCAAACCUGGCAGGAAUCCCUGGGGGGAAACCUGCAUACUCCUUCCACGUUACUGCAGACGGUCAGAUGCAGCCUGUCCCUUUUCCCCCCGACGCCCUCAUCGGACCCGGAAUCCCCCGGCAUGCUCGCCAGAUCAACACCCUCAACCAUGGGGAGGUGGUGUGCGCAGUGACCAUCAGCAACCCCACGAGACACGUGUACACGGGCGGGAAGGGCUGCGUCAAGGUCUGGGACAUCAGCCACCCUGGCAAUAAGAGUCCUGUCUCCCAGCUUGACUGUCUGAACAGAGACAAUUAUAUCCGUUCCUGUAAAUUGCUACCUGAUGGCUGCACUCUCAUAGUGGGAGGGGAAGCCAGUACUUUGUCCAUUUGGGACCUGGCGGCUCCGACCCCGCGCAUCAAGGCGGAGCUGACGUCCUCGGCCCCCGCCUGCUACGCCCUGGCCAUCAGCCCCGAUUCCAAGGUCUGCUUCUCAUGCUGCAGCGACGGCAACAUCGCUGUGUGGGAUCUGCACAACCAGACACUAGUGAGGCAAUUCCAGGGCCACACAGACGGAGCCAGCUGUAUUGACAUUUCUAAUGAUGGCACCAAGCUCUGGACGGGCGGUUUGGACAACACAGUCAGGUCCUGGGACCUGCGCGAGGGGCGGCAGCUGCAGCAGCACGACUUCACCUCCCAGAUCUUCUCCCUGGGGUACUGCCCCACCGGGGAGUGGCUGGCGGUGGGCAUGGAGAGCAGCAAUGUGGAGGUGCUGCACGUGAACAAGCCUGACAAGUACCAGCUGCACCUGCACGAGAGCUGCGUGCUGUCCCUGAAAUUUGCUUACUGUGGUAAAUGGUUUGUGAGUACUGGAAAAGAUAACCUCCUCAAUGCUUGGCGGACCCCCUACGGAGCCAGCAUAUUCCAGUCCAAAGAGUCCUCGUCAGUGCUUAGCUGUGACAUCUCUGUGGAUGAUAAGUACAUAGUCACUGGCUCAGGGGACAAGAAGGCUACAGUCUAUGAAGUCAUCUACUGAAAACAUUAUGUGGUUUAACGUUUAUAGUUGAAUUGGGCCAAAAUGUUUUGAAUUUGUAGAAAUAGAAAAGUUGUAACUUUAAAAGAGAAAAAAAAUUACAAACACCUGUUUCCAAACCUUGACACAAAACUACUUUGAGUCUACAAAGAGGAGGCGACAAGUCCAUCAGCAGAAAGUCACCUGUCUACAUAGACCAAAUGGAGCACCAAGGCCAAGCGGACAGAGGGGCCAUGGGUUGUAGGAUUGAGGAACGGAAUCUGCUGACUCACGUGACAGCCCAUUCUUUCUUUCUGGGUGAUCUGGGGAUCACGCCUUGCCCAAGUGUGAGAUUACCUUUCUGUUCCUUGCAGUUCACCUCACUUUCCGUCCUUUGUAGAGCAGUGGUAUCUCCAAUGAACUUGUUACCUGGUUUUGCAUCUUGUGAAAUGUUUUUUUGUAUUUUUGUUGAAGGUUAAACAUUUGUAUAAAUUGUAAAUAUAUUUGGUUUAUUACAGUAAAGGCUUUAGUACCAAUAA